AAGUUGUCAAUAUAUAAUCGGGCUCACGAUCACUUUGUGAAGACUGACGCCCACGUGAGACAAAUACGUGACAUGACGUGGCCGACCACCGGGUGGGGGUGUUCCCUCAUCUCCGGGAGGACAUUUCAGGGAGGUCCACUACUUUUCCACCAACACCUCUCUGCAGUUUUCACACAGAAAUAUGGACCUUCAGUAACCUUUUUCUUUUUUUAAUUAUUGAUCAGGGUUUACCCGAGGACAUCUGCGGCAACAGACUGUGUUGUGUUGUGCAAUUAGUGCGCCCAUUCAUCACCACCAGUCUGGCGCUAAUGGCUGCACACUCGCGGGGGCUCCGUGUGAAAGGCUCACACCUUUUAAGACAAUGACGGUCGCCCGGAGAACUAAUGAGGUGACACUGACACUCCGGAAGUGUCCGCUAAUGCGUCACUGGCGCGCACCGGUGAGCGUCCGUCCGAGCUCGUCCCUGCAACGCACGGACACAAGCAGAUAUCCAUUUAAUUAAACAUGACCCGAGGGGAAUCACCACGCACCGCUGACUUCUCUGCAGAGAGGCCCGCAGCCUCUCGGCUGAAGCAGUGGGAAACAGCAGCGCACAAUGGACUCAACGGAGACGUACUCGGAGGCUACGAAGGACUCAAGUGGAUUUCACCAACUUGUCUAAUCUUCAGAGAAAAUUGGGAUUCCAUCCAGUGGUGAGACGACUGGAAAUCCAAAGUCCACCGUUCAGUCAUGGAGCGUUACUUUUUGCCAUCCUUUUUAAAUGAGUAUAUAGUUUGUUUGUUCAACUGGGUGGAUUUAGCUCAACUUUGAGCGUGUCUGUGUCGCAUUUCUUUCAUUUGGAUUCUUUUCUAACGCCUUAUUUGUGGUCUGGCACUGGUUUCAAUGAAGUUCUGGGAUGUUACCUGCAUCUUUGUUAACUGGCUGCUCCAGUGAAGACCAACAUUAUAUCAUCCACUUUGGACCAGCGGGUGCAAAAACAGGUCCAGUUCCCCACCACACAGCGUGCCUCACCUCCUUUCCUUAAAUCCCAUGCUGCUCCUCUUCCAUCCUGACGGCAGACCACAGAGAUCGUCCUUUCUGGAUGACUAAGGGAAGACCCGUAGCAUGGCUCACCCCGCUCACCCCUCUGGCUGGCGGGAGAUGACAAACGGAGGGGGGCACCCCCAUGUCAACCACGGAGGCCAGAGGGGGGGUUCCCAGAGCACCACGCGCUACAUGCUGAAGAAGCAGCACCGCCACAGACGCAGGUCCUCCUCCCCGAUGGGCAGGGUCAUCCUCAUCAACGCACCUGUUGAUGGAGGGGAGGACAGUGAAGACAUUCACACUGUGACAGUAGACAAGAGUCCCGACGGGCGUCUGGGCUUCAGUGUCCGCGGAGGCUCUGAACAUGGACUGGGCAUAUUCGUCAGCAAGGUGGAGGACGACAGCUCGGCAGCCCAUGCUGGGCUGACUGUGGGCGAUAAGCUGGUGGAGGUGAACGGGGUCAGCCUGGAGAGCAUCACCAUGAGCAGCGCUGUGAAGGUCCUGACAGGCAACAACCGGCUGAGGAUGGUGGUGAGACGCGUGGGCAAGAUCCCUGGCAUCCGCUUCUCCAAGGAGAAGACCACAUGGGUGGAUCUGAUUCACCGGCGUAUGGUGGUGGAGGAGAGCGGCCGUACACCAUCAGAGGCCAGUUCAGACAGCGCUCUCCGCAGGAUCGUUCAUCUCUUCACCACUUCAGACGACUACUGUUUGGGUUUCAAUAUCAGGGGAGGCAAAGAGUUCGGACUGGGGAUUUACGUUUCUAAGCUGGACCCAGGUGGGCUCGCGGAACAGCAUGGCAUCAAAAUGGGCGAUCAAAUCCUUGCAGCCAACGGGGUGAGCUUUGACAACAUCACCCACAGCAACGCAGUCGAGGUCCUGAAGAGCCACACCCAUGUGAUGUUGACCAUCAGGGAGGCUGGAAGAUACCCUGCAUACAAGGAGAUGAUAGCAGAAUAUGGCUGGCUCGACAAAUUGGCCAAUGGGGGCCCUGCACCAUCCUCUCAGGGUUCGGACUCCAACUCCUCUGCGUCCUCGCUGUCCUCUGGCACCCCUCUCAGCUCCCUCAGUGGUCUCUCCCAGGUCCUCUUCCCUCCUUUCUUUGGCUCGGAGAUGGUAGACGUCGCCAUCUCCACAGAGGACCGCUCCUGUCGCCCAAGCAGCGCUGAGCGAACCGCUGACACUGCCAUACAGACUGACCCCCAACCUCCAAACUACGUGGACCACCCGUCCGCUCACAAUGGAUCGUACCCCGACCGGCUGGUCGGGACAGAAACCAGCCGGAGUGUAGGUGCCACAGUGCUGCUGAAGGACACGGUCAUACGUGGGAAAGGGGAAGGGCCGAGGGAGAUGGGAGGAGCUGGGGAAGGAGGACGGGGACGGACCAGGACACUGUCAACCGGGGACCAGGAAGUAGUGAAACCCUCGCCGAAGACGGCAGCGCUGAUGGCCCUCAGCAGACCACGGAAACCCAUCAGACGUUCCCAGAGCCACAUCACAGAGUCAGAGGACAGCCAGAAGAAGAACAUUCAGAAGAAGGAGAAGAGCUCGGGAGAGGGUAAAACUAGCCUGCAGCGCUCAAAAACCUUUGUCAACCUGCUGUUUAAGAAAGAGCGUAAAGAGAAGAGCAGCUCCAGGUCACCAUCCCGCCAUGCUGACAAAGGUAAGGAGAGGGGUCGUCCUUUCCAGCUCUUGACCUCCCCGAGGGAGUCCCGUGCUGGGGUUAAAGACAACAGCCCGCUGCCCCGGAACGAGACCCUGCAGCACGUGCAGGACGUGGCAAAGAAACUGCUCAGCCAGGAUGAGGUGGCUGCUGUGAUGAGACACUGUCAGCGGUUUUUGUCCGACAAUGUGAUUGAGGAUUUGGUGCAUCCCCUUUUGACGAUCUUGGACAGGCCAGAGAAACUGCUACUUCUCAGAGAAAUAAGAAUGCUGAUACCUAUGACUGAGUUGGGUCGGUUUGACAGCAUGGUCCUUCCCUUUGAACUGGAAGCGUAUGACAUUCUCAAGAGUCGCUCCGUGCGUUCUCCAGCUCUGCGCUCCCCUCGCAGUGGAACCCCUCGGCGUCACCUCGUCACCCCAAUCCCAGACUACAGGGGUGGGUUCCACCUCCAGCCGGUUCAGGACCCACUGCGGGAGCGUCAGUUGAUCGAGGAGUUGGGGAGACUGCGUUUGCCUGGACAACAGUCGGCCAUUCUGCCUCCAUCACGUGCCUUCACGCCCUUGCUGGAUGUACCUGUGGACGGCUACACUUCCUCCUCUGUGCGCUCACGCUCCUUGAGCCCCUCACCCACCCACAGCCACCUUACAGAAUCACCACACAGCACCCAACGUCGGGGCCAACCCCAUCGCUCCCCAAACAGUAGAGAGAACGGGGCGAUGGGGUAUGACGAGGUCUCCUUAUUGUCCGUGUCUGACCGUGGAGAUGUGGCUCCCGAACGGGGGAGGUCGCCCGUGAGGAACGGCCAUGGGAGAGAAAGGAGGGAGGCAAGCCCUGACAGUGUUGACUUCAGGUGGCAGGGCAGGCAGCAGGGCUUCACAGAGGUCAGCGUACACGUUCCUCCGCAGAGAAGAGGGAGAACUCCUCUGGCUGAUGUAUUUGAGCCCUCGAGAGAGAAAAGCCCAUCCACAGGCAGAGGGAGUGGUCAGCAGGUAAAAAGACAUUCACAAAAUGGUGUGAAAAGAACAACUCGGCCACCGGAGGAGUAUGAAAUCACCACUUUGACCAUCCCAAAGGCCAAGCAGUCACUGGGUAUUAGUAUCUCUGGAGGUAUGGAGUCAAGGAUCCAGCCCAUGAUAAAGAUUGAGAAAAUCUUCCCAGGAGGAGCUGCGUCUACAAAUGAGGCUCUGAAGGCGGGAUAUGAGCUGUUGUCCGUGGACGGGGAGAGUCUGCAGGGGGUGACUCAUCAGCACGCGGUGGGCGUAAUUCGCCGUGCAUUCAGCAACAAGGCCAAAGACCCCAUGGUCUUUGUGGUCAAGGUCCCCGCAAACCACCGGCCCCAGGGGACCUGCUGACUAACCUCUUUGGGCCUCACAGUCGAGACUGCGAUUCGGGCAUGAAGGACACCGACGCCUGCAGCUCCUGCGGGAGAGAAUUAACUGCAGGAUUCACUCCGUCUGAGAAAAUAUGAGACAGGUAGAGCUGUGGUCAUAGUCCUGUUAAAAGCGGAGUUGUGACAACAACUACAAAGAUAUUUGUCAUGAACAAAAGUGUUGGAGCAGUUGUUUUUUUUAGACUAAAAACAGUUGCCUAUCCCUCAGGAUAAAUCACUUUUGCUGAUAACGAAAUGUCAGAUACUGUGUUGAACUAUGGCCUAUACUGGAUGUUGCAACUGUACAACUUUUAUAUAUACAUUGCACAUCGGCUUGAUUAAAAGUGAGUCAUUUAGUGUUUUCUAAGGGUACGUUAUGAUAAGAUCAUGCAGUUCAUGAACUCCUCAUUGGUUUAUAUUGUGCCAGUGUUUGACACUUAGCAACCCUCCUGUGACCCGUGAGGCAGCGGUCUGCACAUUUUGGUUGGAGGAUCUGAGUCCAGCAGCCCUGCGUGCCUGCCAGAGGGAGAUUACCCCGGCCCUGCGUUACGAGAUUUAUAGAUUUAUACCCAGAUUAAAACCCCUGUAUUAUGUCAAAACUGAUAGUUUGGGUUUAGUGGAUGUCUGGGGAGGAUUAUUACAAAUUGCUGCUCAGUAAUUUUUGUGCUGCAUUUUUCUGGCAUAAAGUGCUUGUGCUCUGGAGCAAUCCGCCACUUUAGGGGCUUAAUUACACCCUGCUGUGGACUGAGCUUACGCAGACAUGUGGAGGAGUUGGAAAAACAUGUCAAUGAGAAAUGCAUGACACGGACGUCGGUGGCACAGUUUGAAUUAAAGUAGGCUAGAGGACAUAUGAGCGGCGAGAUAACGGGAAUAUAGUGUGCAUAGUGCCUUACUUCUGCAGAUGGCCAGCGGGGGGAAAUGUUGAUAAAAAUGCAGUUUUAAUAAGUGAAAAGCUCAAAGUGAAAUGUCUCAAUCCAGACAUGCAAUUAAAGUCAAAAAUGAAACUGAG